AUGGCCCCUGGCAGCCAGCAGCCUGGCUGCCGGCAAGCGGUGCUGGCCCUGCUCUUGCUGGUGGUCGUGGCGCCGGCACAGUUUGCUGCCGCCCAGACGUGCUAUCCCGGCGACCUCUCCACGUCAAGCAGCAACUUUGACGUCCAGUUCUCCUCCAAAGUGCUGAACACCACCCUAAGCUACAUCAAGAAGCCCAAGACGACAUACAACCGGUUCUGCUUCAGCAUCAACGCGGCAAGCCCCUGCAACUCGAGCGCAAUCUGCUGCAAAGGCAGCACCGUAACCAGGCUGAGCGGCGUGUCUUUCGAAAUUGACCCCACUUGCAUCGUGAAGGGCUUCACCAGCAACUUCUCCCUGUCAACCGCUGACGGCGCCAGCGCCAAGUCAGCAUUCGGCUUCAAGAUCAACAAGGCGUCAAAGUCCGCGGCCGCAAACAUCAGGCUCGUACCCAACGCCAACACGGCGAAGGCGCUUGGCAGCACGGUUGUCUGCAUCAACUUGCCAGCUGUCAGCAAUCUUUGCAGCACGGUCGACAGGCUGUGCGGUGCGUCCGCGUGCAAAGUGAAUGUGACCACCUCCAAGUUCAAGCCGGCAGGCUUGGUCAAGCCCAAGUCAUUGCCGUGCUGCCUGAAGGGCGCGGUCAACAUCCUGCCAGUAGCUGUGAUAGUGAUAUCAGGCAGCAGCAGCAGGAGCAAAAACGGGCAGCACCACUCGCAGCAGCAGCAGCCGCAGCAGGAGCAAAAGCAGACAGCAGCACUCGCAGCAGCUGCAGCAGCAGCGGCAGCAGCAGCAAGCCGCAGCAACAACAGCAGCAACACGCGGCAACAACAACAGCAAGAGCAACAUGCAUGA